AAGCAGAUCCGACGGGCAUUGCCCUGACUCCCAAAACCCAGAAGAAAAGGGAAAAGUCUCCACCCCGACCCCGUCCGUCCGGCUAGAUCUCGACUCCGCUCCGCUUCCCCCCAUCUCCCACCUAGAUCUCGCCGCGAUGGGCCUCGCCGCUGCCGCCCGCGCGGUCCUUCUCCUCCUCGCCGUCGCCGGGGUCCUCCUCCGUCCGGCGGCGGCGGAGAUCAAGCAGGAGUCCUUCAAGGACGACUCCCGCGGUUCCAUUCUCUUCGAGAAGUUCGGCUUCGGCCCCCACGGCAUGGUGUCAAUCUCCGUCACCGGCGCCAAGGCCUCCUCCGCGCUCGCUAAGCCCGAUCCGGCACAGCUCGGCUUCUUCCUUCUCUCCGACGAGUCGCUCUUCGAGGCCAUCUACGAUCAGCCGGCACCCACGGAUCUGAACCCCAACCCGGAGUCCUCCCCGACCUGCGUCCUCUCCAGCCCCUACGUGAAGCCGCUCUUCACCUUCGCAGAGCUCGAUGACAAGGGUUUCCACAACCAGACUUUCCCCAUCACCCAUCCCGACGAGUACAGCCUCUUUUUCGCCAACUGCGCGCCGGAGACCAGCGUCACCAUGGAGGUCCGCACCGACAUGUACAACACCAACCUGGACGGCACCAAGGACUACCUCUCCGUCGGCAUGGCCUCCGUCCCGGCGAUCUACGCCUUCUUCGCCGUCUGCUAUGUCGUGUUCCUGGCCGGUUGGCUCUACGUCACCCUCUACCGCAACCGCCUCUCCGCGCAGCGCAUCCACCACCUCAUGUCGGGCCUGCUCGUUGCGCGGAUGCUCUACUGCAUCUCGGCGGCCGAGGACCAGCACUACAUCCGCACCGCCGGGACACCGCACGGGUGGGACAUCAUGUUCUACCUGUUCCAGCUCGUGAAGGGUGUCAUCUUGUUCGCUGUGAUUGCGCUGAUUGGGACUGGAUGGUCAUUCCUGAAGCCUUUCCUGCAGGACAAGGAGAAGAAAGUGCUCAUGUUGGUGAUCCCUCUUCAGGUUGCAGCUAACAUUGCUGCUGCUGUAGUUGGCGAGACCGGACCAUUCUUGCAGGGAUGGGUGACAUGGAACCAGAUCUUCUUGUUUGUUGAUGUCGCUUGCUGUUGUGCCGUGCUCUUCCCAGUUGUGUGGUCGAUGCGUUCGCUGCGGGAGUCAUCCAAGACAGACGGCAAGGCGGCCAGAACCCUUGCCAAGCUCAUGCUCUUCCGCCAGUUCUAUGUUGUCGUGAUUGGAUAUCUGUACUUCACCAGGAUCAUUGUGUAUGCUCUCAGGACAAUUACUAACUACAAGUACAGAUGGGUGAGCGUUGCAGCCGAGGAGGUGUCCACCAUGGCAUUCUACAUGUUCAUGUUCUACAUGUUCAGGCCAGCUGAGAGGAACCAGUACUUUGCACUUGACGAGGAUGACGAGGAAGCCGCAGAGAUGGUGCUCCGUGAGCAGGAGUUUGAGCUCUAGACGGACACAUGGAUGUCCAAUGACGUGGGAAUACAGCCAUCUCCCAUUCAUUUUCUCCUCGAUGUGCUGUUGAUCAUACUAUACAGAUUCAGGGUUUAGCUAAUGUUUGUUUAUGUGUUUUGGUAAAUCUUCUCCAGUUCCUUUUUAGUUUCGGAAGCUGCCAAUGAGAUUUGUGAUUAAUAGAUUUCUUGUGUUACAAAAGCAAGGGGGAAUUCAAUACCAUUAUGAAUAGAUGAUUUUAUUGGUGUAGGAACUGGGGAUGUCAUUGAUAAGCAUUGCGUUGCCAUGUCUUGUGAAGCCUUGUCAUUGCUGGAAGCAGGUUCUGAAUUUCAUA